CUGUAUGGCCUCCCUUUUGCUGCUGCCAGGCCCGAAUCUCCAUGGCCCCCCCUACCGACCCUCAUCGCCCCCGGGGCCCUAAUCUUCAGGGCCCCUUUACCGCCUCCUCAUCUGCGCCGGGUCCAGAGGUGUCAUGGGCCCUGUACGGCCUCUUAUUCUGCUGCCCCCUCGCCCACCUGCCAUGGGCCUUUUUUCAGGUCUCCCACACUGCUGGGGGGUUUUCAUUUUUCAUAAGGGGGGCUGAAGGGGCCCCCCCUGCGCUGCCAGGCCCCGUCCAAGUGGUCAGGGGUCCUGGUUUUGGCCCCGUGACUGCCCAAACGAGUGAAGUGUGCGGUGAAUCUAAGAUCGACGCACAUCAUCUGCAUGUCAUACUGACUGACAGUAUUAAUUUCUCUCUUCCUCCAUCAGACUCCAAGGGCAUUUUAAAUUAAAGGUACAGUGUUCUGCACUAAUAUAA